UCAGCUUCAGCUGCAGGAUUUCAACCAAACUUUGUUCGUUCCUCGAACCUCCUGUCUGUUUUACUCUGUAGAAAUGGCGACAGCUGGUAAGGUCAUCAGGUGCAAGGCAGCGGUGGCCUGGGAGCCCAACAAGCCCCUGGUCAUCGAGGAGAUUGAGGUCGCUCCUCCUCAGGCCAACGAGGUUCGCAUCAAGAUUGUGGCCACAGGUGUCUGCCACACAGACCUGUACCACCUGUUUGAGGGAAUGCACAAAGAUGGCUUCCCGGUGGUUCUCGGACAUGAGGGAGCUGGCAUAGUGGAGAGCGUUGGGCCCGGUGUCACUGAAUUUCAGCCAGGGGACAAGGUUAUUCCUCUGUUCAUCUCCCAGUGUCGAGAGUGUCGCUUUUGUAAAAGCCCAAAGACCAACCAGUGUGUCAAAGGAUGGGCCGCUGACCGCUAUGAUGUGAUGGCUUUAGAUGAAACCAGACUGAGCUGUAAGGGGAAGAAGCUGCUGCAGUUUUUGGGGACCAGCACCUUCUCUCAGUACACAGUUCUUAACCAGAUAGCAGUGGCCAAGAUUGACCUGGCUGCCCCUCUGGAUAAAGUCUGCCUCCUUGGUUGUGGGGUCUGCACAGGGUUCGGCGCAGCGGUCAACACUGCUAAGGUGGAGGCGGGCUCCACCUGCGCCGUGUUCGGUCUUGGAGCCGUGGGCCUGGCUGCAGUCAUGGGCUGUAAGUUUGCAGGAGCCAAAAGGAUCAUCGCUGUUGACAUCAACCCAGAGAAGUUUGAGAAAGCCAAAGUGUUUGGUGCCACUGAGUUUGUGAACCCCAAAGAUCACAGCAGACCCAUCAACCAGGUGCUGGCUGAGAUGACUGAUGGAGGAGUGGACUACUCCCUGGAGUGUGUAGGAAAUGUUGCAGUCAUGCGCAGCGCCCUGGAGUCUUGUGUGAAGGGUUGGGGUGUCAGCGUUCUUGUCGGCUGGACAGAUCUGCAUGAUUUUGCCGCCCGACCCAUUCAGCUCAUCGCGGGCCGAACAUGGAAGGGCACCCUGUUUGGAGGGUUCAAGAGUAAGGACGGUGUUCCUCAGAUGGUGAAAGCUUACCUGGACAGGAAGGUGAAGCUGGACGAGUUCAUCACUCACAUCAUGACUCUGGAGAAAGUCAAUGAAGCCGUGGAGCUGAUGAAGAACGGCCAGUGCAUCCGGACGGUCCUGAGAGUUUCUCCUUGAGUCAAAGCUCCUCCCAAAACGUUGUCUCCUUCGCCAGGCUGGGCGUUUGGCUUCUGUUCACAGUGAGCAGCCAACGGUUCAUCUGUCCUGCCUGAUGGUUACAUCUGGGGUCAUGAAACAUUUGGAGCAAAUAAAAUCAUUCAACCUGAAGGUUGUGUUUGUUCAA